AUGGCGGACGGCAGUUUCAGAUGCCGGAAGGCAGUACUGAACGCUGGAAGCGGAUAUGAUACCGGACGGAGAAGAGGCGGUGGAGGACGACAGUGCUGGAGACGGAGGAAGGCGGAUCUCGUUCGGGAAACCGACCUAGGGCAGGCGGUUCCGUUUUGA